UAGAAUACAGGUAAAAUAACCUAAUCAUUCAAGCAAUUAAAGAAAUAAAUUGAGUUUUUAUUUUUAUGCACAAGCAAUGCACUUUUCUGAAUAUCAGUACAAUUUACACACAUGUGCUAUAAGUUUUAUACAACAGUGCAUAGCAACACGGUGUUUCGUUCCUUGAAUGAAUCAGUUUUUGAAUGAAUCGAGUGAGCCAGUGAUUCAACCGUCCGUCCAUUCAGAUGGACACUUUCCCUGCGUCCCAGUGUGCACUAUCAACUAGGACUAUCCACCAUAUCUGCCUAAAUAGUAUUGAAAAUGACUAAUAUCACAUAGAAUUUAGGAUGGGAUAGUAUGCACAUUGGGACGCAAGCUUGUUUCGUUUCUAAUUGAAUCAGCCGUUUUGAACGAAUCGAUUUGAAAUCAUUUAUCAAAACGGAAUUUCUUCCACCUACUGGUGGUUUUAUUGUUAUCAUUCUUUAUCCAUGACAGGCAAACACAAAUAUUGUUUAAUUAUCAUUAUUGCCCAAAAUUCCUCAAUUUUAGGCACAAGAAGGGAAAAAAAAGUUUAUGAAUAAUAGUUAAUUUAAUAAGGAAAAUUUUUCAUUAAAUAAAAACAUUUUUAAAAAUUAGACACAUUUUUAAUCAUUACGUAAAAUUUGCUAUAGGACCCAGUGCUGUGAAGAUGAUCUGCGCUCGUUACCGGGAUCUGUGCGUCUGCCCUGUUCGAGGGAGGUGCGCGGGGUGAUUCCUCGAAGGGUGGGGUGGGCAACAAUGCGCGCUGUUGAAUGGUGAGCGCAUAGUGAAUGAAGUUUCAAUGAAGGAGGCAAGGAUGCGCGCGACAGCGCACGCGCCACACCCCCGCCUUCAAUUAAAACAUCUCAGGGUUCGUCUGAGUGCGAGCGAAGAUGGCGACAGAGUGAAAGAGACCACGGAAAGAUGACAAGCCCCCUACAGACAGACAAACACGCACGAGCUCUACACCCCGCCGCCUCAGAGAUGCCCGUGAAUGAGUAAGACUCGGCUGCGUACGAUGUGUUGUCAAGGAGAUGCGGGGUAGGUGAUGGAGUCUCGCGGCAUGUGCUUCAUCAUGCACUGUCUCGGUAAUUCAGACGCAGGUGUUUGCAGUGCAGCUUAAUUUUGAGCAGCAGGUGAAAGGGAUGCUUCGAGCCAUCAUGUAAACGUCGCGGUGGAGAAUAUUGCGGAGGAGACCCGCCCGUGUGAGCUCGCGCUUUGUCUCCCCCUCUAAAAUAUGAUCACGGGCGCCUGGCGGUGUGGAAGGAAACUUGACGCCGAGUUAGAAAUCUGUCGCGUGCCCGAACCCAUCGACAAACCGUGCGCGGAGCCGGAGAAGGUGCAGAGAUGGCGCAUGAGCCUGGCGUCGCUGCUCUUUUUCACGGCGCUGUUAUCCGAUCACCUCUGGCUCUGCGCGGGAGGCAAGCUCCGCUCGAGAGACCGGACUCACCGGAGGACGUGGAGCAACGCGAGUCACGACGCCCAGACGGGCCUUCGCGAUGAGGACUGCGGGGUCCUCUUGAGCAACCUGACAGAAAACGGACCAGAGUGCGUGGAGGCUGACGCGCGGCGCCGCGCACCUCUGGAGUCUGCGUGCUCUACGCUUUACCGGCAAAAGAGUGGUUUGGUGAGCUCCUCCUAUUCUGUACCGGUUCCCACGGUGUCGCCACACGCGUUUUUGGAGUACUUCCGGAACUUCAGCUUGUCCUUUUGCGACGUGCUCACAAUAGCGGACCUACUGGAGAGCAUGACCACUCCUGACGGGAUCAACUGCAGUCUGACGCUUGUCAUUCGUGACCUGUUCAGCGGCGGACCGGAGGACGGGGACCUGUGCAGCGCUUGUGUUCAUGCGUACAUCCGACUCGACCAACACGCUCAGGAAAAAUAUGAGGAGUUUCAGGACCUUACGCGCAAAUACAUGGCGGAUGACUACUCAGUGCGCGCGCAAACACACCUGUGUCAGGCAGUGUAUAAAGCCUGGCUUUGUGCAGAAUAUUUUCCGGUUCCCCAGCGACAGUGUUUGAGGUGGCUCCCAUGCAGGCAGUACUGUGGUGAGGUCACAGCCAGCUGCCCCUUCAUCCUACCUGACAAUGACCAUCUGCUGUAUGCCGGUCUGCCAAGCUUUCUCUGUGCAGGGUUUCAAGAGGAGUAUUUGAGCAGUCAGGGUCCAGACUGCUGUGAUGUCAGAUGGAGUGGGUGUGACUCCACUGUAGGCGCAGCAUGUGCUCUGACACGCCUCCCGGGCUCCUUCUCUUUGCAUAGGAGGUUAUCUUCAGGAGCGGUGUCAUGUACAAAUCGUCUUCAUGGCAGUAAAUUGAAACUGUGUGUGCUUGUUCUCUUCUUACUACACACUGUUAUCUCCAUAACAACAUUGCAGCAUUGCAGCACUGGCUCCUUGGAGGCAAUAGUACCUCUAGAAGACGUUCCCAUGAGGGAGGAGUAAGAGACUGGAACAUCUCCCUCUUUAUUGGAAGACGCACACGCUGUGAAAGAGUUUUUGUCUGCUGUGCAUGAGACAACCCUUACCAAAUGCCUGGAAAACACAGGAAGUCUUACAACCGCUGAAGCGCCUGUGUCUGUCUUUUUGAGGGUUGGAAUAUCUGGCUUGAUAUGAGCGUGCAUGUAUCUGUGUGUGUGUUUGUGUGAGUGAGUGAAUGAAUGUUUUUAACUGUUUUUCAGUGUUUUGUUUGUUUGAUCAGGACUAACUAAACAUGUUAAAACACGGUUCAUGAAUGACAAUCUUGUUUUGUUUUAGGCAACAUUCUUGGAAACAAAAAUGAAUGAAUGAAGAAUUGAUGGAUGACAUUGUUACAUUUCUCCUCUAAUAAAACCAACACUAUUGAAGACA